UCCUGCAGGCAGACAGCACUCGGGAUGGUGUGGUGGGAGGGAGGGGAAAGAUGCACCUUCAUUGCCCACAGGUGAUCGCGUUGUCCUACAUCCCCUCCCUCACCCGCUUCAUCCCAAGCCUCCCGACUCGUUCAUUCGGGUCUCGCCCGCCCGUCUGUGCUCGGAGAGCAGCCCGCUGCCCCGGGCUGAGCAAGCGGAGAGCCCCCCGCGGUGCACAAGUCCCUCCGGUCGCCUCCCCGGUGUGCAAAGGGAGACGGAGGUCGCCCAAAGGCGGCUACUCCGCGCGGAGUUUUGCAAAUUGACCCAAACGCGUUGAGUUUGGAAAUCCACCGUUCCCCCGACCCCGGCUUUCUCCUCCCCGUGGACCCUCUUCCUGCGUCCGUUUUACACACGGGCCGCUCAGCUCGGAUUUCACUGGCUGCCUCAGCCCCCUCCGGAGCCGCUGAUUGGUGUUUUCCCCAGGUUAUUUGCAUGCCGUCUGCACACUGGGUGCCCAAGGGAGGAGUUUGCUCAAAGCUUCUGCAAGUGUCCGGAGCGCCGGCGGGAGUAGAGUCUGCAGCUCCCCGGGCUGCUCUUGGGCUCUCCUGCUGCCGCGCUGCCUUAAUGGGCUGGAGCUUUGCUCUGGGUAGCGAUUUGGAGAAGGAUUCUCUGGGUUAGUCUUCGGUCCGUCUUUUCCCUGCUUGCUCAGCACUUCGCUGCCUUCAGAACCACCCGGCUCGCCGGAGAGGUGGGGUUGGCCUUGUCUUGAGGCUCUGAAGUGACCUGCCUUAGGAGGAGACUCCUUUGGCACGUUGGGGAGUGUUUAAUACUGACACUUCCUCCUCCCUCCCUCCCUCCCCGUACUUUCCAUCGUUGCUCCAGACGGAAAAUGAAUGAUCUCAGCCUGCCUGUGGAAUGGAGUCAGCUGGCACCCAGCAGAGCCUGAAGGAGCCUCUGAAGCUGAAGUGUGAACUUGCUUCUUCUCCGCAAUGUUAUAAGCUGCCCAGCGGUUCUCUUUGUGGUGCCAGCCUCUCUGGUCCACUAACUGCAGCAGGGAUCUAGUUUCAUCGUCUUCACCUUUCUGUGCCUCUAAGGGGCUGGAUCACAAGUCUUUCCUAUGGCUGGGAUAUACAGCUCUACUCUGAAGACCCUGGAGGAUUUAACCUUGGACUCUGGUUAUGGGGCAGGGGAUUCCUGCAGAUCCCUUAGUCUCUCUUCUUCUAAGUCCAACUCCCAAGCCUUCACAUCAUCGCAGCACAGGGGCAACUGGUGGUACUAUUCAGGCUCCAUGAAUAGUAGGAAUAACAGCUGGGAUACAGUGAACACUGUUCUGCCAGAAGACCCCGAAGUUGCAGACAUCUUUUCCAAGUGUCCUAAACUGCCAGAUCUAGAGGAAUUCCCUUGGACCGAUGAAGACAUUGGGAAAAUACUCAGAAAAGGAAAGGGGGAAGGAAAUAUCAGAAACUUUUCUCAGGAAGCUGUCAGGAGACUCUCUCAGUUACUUAGGAGAGCCCUGAUCAGGAUCUCCAGGGAGGCCCAACGUCUGAGUGUGAUGCAUUCCAAAUGCACUAGAUUUGAGGUCCAAAGUGCCAUCAAGCUCAUCCAGAGCUGGUCAUUGUCAGAAAGCUGUGUCCUGGCUACUGUCAAGGCUCUUUCCCUGUACAGCAUGAGUGCAGGAGAUGGAUUGAGGAAAGGCAAAUCCUCCCGAUGUGGCCUCACCUUCUCAGUGGGGAGGUUUUUCAGGUGGAUGGUGGACACUAGGAUCUCAGUAAGGAUUCAUGAGUAUGCAGCUAUCUCUUUGACGUCUUGUAUGGAGAAUCUAGUGGAAGAAAUCAAAAGCAGGGUUCUAGCGAGUCAGAGCCCAGAUGGAGGAGGAGGGGGGGAGAUCUCCUCUGAAAUCCUUGAGAUGGUCAUCAACAAUGAUGCUGAACUUUGGGGAGUACUGCAGCCUUACGAGCAUCUCAUCUGUGGGAAAAAUGCUAAUGGUGUGCUGUCUCUGCCUGCCUACUUCAGCCCCUACAAUGAUGGCUCCAUAAGCAGUGAUGGACGGGCCGAUGCUUAUGCCCAGCUGGAGCUCCGAACCUUGGAACAGUCUCUCUUGGCGACUUGCGUUGGAAGCAUCUCAGAACUAAGUGACUUGGUAUCGCGAGCAAUGCACCACAUGCAAUGUUUGACCACCCUCCACCCCGGCAUGAGCCCUAUCCGGCAAACCAGGCAACAGCAGCCUAUUACCUGGUCCCCUGAUGCCCUCCAUACCCUCUACUACUUCCUACGCUGUCCUCAGAUGGAGUCCAUGGAGAACCCCAACCUGGAUCCGCCAAGGAUGACCCUGAACAAUGAACGGCCCUUCAUGCUUCUGCCCCCGCUGAUGGAGUGGAUGCGAGUGGCUAUCACCUACGCUGAGCAUCGGCGCAGUUUAACUGUGGACAGCGAUGAUAUCAGGCAGACGGCCAGGCUGCUCUUACCAGGACUGGACUGCGAACCACGGCAGCUGAAGCCUGAAUGCUGUUUUAGCUCCUUCCGAAGACUGGACGCUAAGGCUGCUACUGAAAAAUUCCAGCAGGACCUGGGUUUCCGAAUGUUAAAUUGUGGAAGGACUGAUCUGAUCAACCAAGCUAUAGAGGCGCUGGGACCUGAUGGGGUUAACACAAUGGAUGAUCAGGGUAUGACCCCACUAAUGUACGCCUGUGCUGCUGGAGACGAAGCCAUGGUCCAGAUGCUGAUUGAUGCUGGAGCAAAUUUGGAUAUACCAGUUCCUGGCAGCAAUCCCCGAUACCCCUCAGUCCAUCCCGACAGCCGGCACUGGACUGCGCUCACCUUUGCUGUUCUACAUGGGCACAUCUCCGUAGUUCAGCUGCUCUUGGAUGCUGGUGCCCAUGUUGAGGGCUCCGCAGUUAACAGCGGUGAGGACAACUAUGCUGAGACCCCACUUCAACUGGCUUCGGCAGCAGGGAACUACGAGCUGGUCAGUUUGUUACUGAGCAGGGGCGCAGACCCCCUCCUGAGUAUGAUGGAAGUCAAUGGGAUGUCCUCAUCGCUUCACGAAGACAUGAAUUGCUUUAGUCACUCAGCCGCACAUGGGCACAGAAACGUGCUACGCAAGCUCCUGACCCAGCCCCAGCAGUCGAAGGGAGAUGUUCUCUCACUGGAAGAGAUUUUAGCUGAGGGAGUAGAGAGUGACACCUCCAGCCAGGACAGCUCCAACGAGGGGCAGGUCAGGCUGUGUAAAACCAGGAUGAAGGCCCUGCAGGAGGCUAUGUAUUACAGUGCUGAGCAUGGCUACGUGGACAUCACCAUGGAGCUCAGGGUACUCGGAAUCCCGUGGAAGCUUCAUGUGUGGAUUGAGUCAUUACGGACAACCUUCUACCAGUCUCGCUAUUCAGUCGUGCAGAACCUCUUAAGGGAGUUUGUCACUAUUAAGGAGGAGGACUAUAACGAAGAGCUGGUUAACGAAGGGCUGCAGCUAAUGUUUGAUAUCCUCAAAACCAGCAAAAAUGAUUCUAUCAACCAGCAGCUUGCAGCCAUCUUCACCCACUGCUAUGGCAGCAGUCCUAUACCCAACAUUCCUGAAAUACAAAAGACUUUGCCGGCCCGGCUUGAUCCUCACUUUCUAAACAAUAAAGAAAUGUCUGAUGUAACUUUUCUAGUGGAAGGAAAGCUGUUUUAUGCACACAAAGUCCUGCUGGUUACUGCUUCCAACAGGUUUAAGACUCUGAUGACCAAUAAAACAGAACUAGACAGCCAAGGCAGUAAGACUGUUGAAAUUAGUGAUAUGAAAUACAAUAUUUUCAAGAUGCUGAUGCAGUAUUUAUAUUAUGGAGGAACAGAAUCUAUGGAAAUUCCCACAGCUGAUAUCCUAGAGCUGCUGUCCGCCGCCAGCCUGUUUCAACUGGAUGGCCUCCAAAGACACUGUGAAAUCUUAUGUGCCCAGACCAUCAGCAUGGAGAGCUCUGUUAACAUCUAUAAAUAUGCAAAGAUUCACAGUGCACCUGAACUGGCCUCGUUCUGUGAGGGCUUCUUCCUCAAACACAUGAACUCUCUGCUGGAACAGGACUCAUUCCGACAGCUCAUCUAUGGCAGGAACAGCAAGGUGCAGGGUCUGGACCCUCUGCGGGACCUGCAGACAACAUUGGCCAGUCGACUGCAUUCUAUUUACAUCACCUCAAGAGUGUGAGGCAGGGACAUCACACUGGCACAGGACCUUAUCCAGCCGGGGCUUCCAGGUCUGUCUUAGGGAAUCACCAGCUCAUGCUGAAAGUCCCCACAAGCUGACGCCCUUAGGGCAGUGAUUUCUCUGGGGAGCUGCAACAAAUCUAAUGACAAAGGCAAGGAGGUGGCUUUUUUCUUCUGCGCUACACAGCAUCAGAGCAACACCAGGACAGCACCAACAGGAAAAACUGAUGCAGCAACUGAAGAACCUGGCCCAAAGAGCAGAUCUAAGCUGCCAUUUUCAUAAGCACAAGGUGAAAGCUGCUAGGGAAACAGAGAGUGCAGAUGCAGCAGAGUGAGGCCUAACAUUGGGGGUGUUUCUAACAUGUUAAUCUAAACCAUCUAUUUACAAACCCCAUCAGGUUGAUUUAAAAGCACCACUGGUGUAUAUACAAGGGUUGAUAGUCCUUUAAUCCCAUGAACUUCUGAGCAUUCAGUCACCUGACUAAAUGCGUAUAGUAGUUAGCACACUCAGACUACCACUGUAGCGAUAAACACCAGUUUUACACAUGGCAAAAGACUCCAGCAUUAUUUCCCAUAAAUUCUUUGCACCUUAAGACAUACCUUCUCUCAGCCUUAUGGGUUACAAAGUGAGAGAGACUAAAAUAGGCCUCUACAAUUAUCUUUUUUCAGUAGCACCUACUUUGGAGAGUUUAGCCAAGUUUUGAUCUACUGGUCUGUGUUCAGUGGUGGCCAACUGGAAAGAAAAUAUCCUACCCUAUUUACACUGUAAUGGUUUGAUCAAAUGUCUUGUGUCCAAGUCAUCCUAUCUUUAACUGUCUGGGAAUGGCACAUGGAGCACUCCUGUGUGAUUAAUGAUGAUGCAAUAAAAGGAGGCAGUUUUCAAAAAAGCUGUGGCAGGAGGUGCAGUAAAACCUAGUGCUGUGUUGAGGGGCCUACAUCCUAGUAUCGUGUGUACCACCUGGACUCCCUUAAAGCCAAAGCCAAGCAGAAAUGUACAGCGCGUUAUUCCUUGAUGCUGGAGGUGGCAUGGUGUAGAGAAACAUGAUGAGAGGAAGGCCUGACUCCUAAUGCUGGCUCUGACACAAACUUGUAGCCUUAGGCAAGUCAGUUCUCUCUACAGCUGUGGAGAUGGAAGUAAUAGGGAUAUUUCCUCAUCUACUACUUCUGAGGGGGAGGGAAGGAUAUACUGCAUCAUGCUUGCAUACAUUAGCUCACCUUUGCGCUCUAUGUCUAGGAAACAUUGAGGUUGCAAUACUUAAAAUUAGAUACUUCAACCCUAGCACCUAAGAUUCACCAUAUUUUCUUUGACAGCUUACAAAGGGCAGAAACUUCUAACUUUUAAAAAAAGAAUACAAGCACAGGCCUUAGAAACAAAGAUGUAAGGUGAUAGUAGGAUGAGUGGACAUCAGUCACCAUUAGCUAUAAAACACCCCCUACAACCAUUCCCUGCUGCUCUGUUAACACACACUGAAAGCAUUAGCUAAAAUGCUUCAUUUUGGGGGAGGGGAGAAAAAGCUUCCAAUGUCCAGUUAGCAUUUGUUGGAGAUCUGAACAAUGAAAUGCUAAACACGCUGAAGGGAGAAGGCUCAGGCUCAGCUGAAAAGAAGAGUCAAGGUUUGGUGGAGGAGAGGAAAGGAAGGGCAGAUUGCAGCAUCUCCAGCUAAUUGGUCAAAACCUGAGGCUCCCAUAGGAUUGCAAGUCACAGGUGGAUUGCAUGACAAGUGUGCUUGGCAAGUCAGUGACCCAUAAGCCUUUAGACUCUCAGUUGGAAAUUGGCUGGGAGCACCAGUUAUUCUUAGCAAGCCAGAGGCUGUUCCCGCUUUAUCACUGAAAGAAACCUCAACAAGGCCAUAGACUGGAAAAUACUUCAAAGAGCUGCUCCAGCUAUCUGUACAAAAGCAUAGGUCCAGUUUUGUUGCUGUAAUAUUGUCUGUUAACUGUACAUUAAUGUCAUUUAUGUAAAUGUACCAGGAUUUUGCUAACAAUGUAACAUUUAUGCUUUGUGUUUUGACUCAGUUAUGAGGGGCUGUAAGGGGGUAGGAUGAGCUCUGUUGGGGUGUGUGAACAUGCAUGUUUGGAGAGCACACAGUAAGACAAAAGGGUGU